GGACCCACCAAACACUUUGGAAGAAGUUAGAGAGAGAGAGAGAGAGAGAGAGGCAUGUGAUACGAUAAGAAGAAGAAACUUCACGGCUGUACCAUCCAUCGAUCUACCCAAGACUCUCCUCUCUCCUCUACCGGGGUUUUUCAUAUUUCAUACCUCGCUGAGCUCAGCCGACGCGUAUUUUUUAUGGGCAACUGCUGCUCAGACGAGGCCGGCGGAAGGGCGGCCGUGGGCGGCACUGCUGCUUCUCAAGACAACCCAAUCAAUGCUCCAAAUGAUGCCGUCUCUCAUUUCCUCAACUCUCGCGGCUACCACGGCCUCUACUCUCAGAUCGAGCUAUCAUAUUCUGCUUCAGACUUGCGUGAUCGGGACUUGCUCUCCAAGAGUGAUCCCAUGGUAGUUGUUUAUACCAAAGGAAGAGAUGGAACACUUGAAGAACUUGGCCGCACUGAAGUAGUUCUAAAUUCGCUAAAUCCGACAUGGAUCACAAAACAUACUAUCAGUUAUCAAUUUGAAAUCGUGCAGACAUUAGUGUUUCGUGUGUAUGAUGUUGACACUCAAUUCCACAAUGUUGAAGUAAAGAUGCUUAGGUUGGAUGAGCAGCAAUUUCUUGGUGAGGCUUCUGGUGCGUUGUCUGAGAUAGUCACUAAAUCAAACCGCUCAUUGACCUUAGAUCUUGUACGCAGAGAAGAAUCUAGCAGAUCAACCCAUCCAAGAAACUAUGGAAAGCUUACUGUGCAUGCUGAGGAAUGCAUUAGUUCAAAAACCACGACAGAGAUGAUAUUGAGGUGUUCAGAUUUGGAAUACAAGGAUCUCUUCUCAAGAAGUGACCCCUUUUUGGUAAUAUCAAAAGUAGUGGAAAGUGGGAUCCCAAUUCCAGUUUACAAAACAGAAGUUAUAAAGAAUGAUCUCAAGCCAACAUGGAAGACAGUGUAUUUGAAUAUUCAACAAGUUGGAAGCAAGGAAAGUCCACUAGUGAUAGAGUGCUUCAACUUCAAUAGCAGCGGAAAACAUGAUUUGAUAGGAAAAGUUCAGAAAUCAUUAGCAGAUUUGGAAAAGCUUCAUUCCGGUGGGCAAGGCGAAAAUUUGUUUUUACCUAGUCUGGUUGGGCAAAAUUACCACAACAAGGUACUUAAGAGCCAGCUAUUUGUAGACAAGUAUACCCAGAAUAUCCAACACACUUUCUUAGAUUACUUGGCUGGGGGUUGUGCACUGAAUUUCAUGGUGGCUAUUGAUUUCACUGCUUCGAAUGGAAAUCCACGUCUGCCUGAUUCCUUGCAUUAUAUUGAUCCUUCUGGACGACCAAAUUCAUACCAGAGAGCAAUCAUCGAGGUAGGAGAGGUGUUGCAGUUUUAUGACGCAGACAAGCGCUUUCCUGCCUGGGGAUUUGGAGCACGACCGAUCGAUGGUCCAGUCUCUCACUGUUUCAACUUAAAUGGAAGCAGUCAUCACUGUGAGGUUGAAGGCAUCCAAGGAAUUAUGAUGGCAUAUACAAGUGCCCUCCUUAAUGUUUCUCUUGCAGGGCCAACUCUUUUUGGACCUGUGAUUGGCAAUGCUGCACAAAUUUCCAGCCAGUCUCUUGCAAAUGGGGGUCGAAAAUACUUUGUUUUGCUAAUAAUCACGGAUGGAGUGGUAACAGAUCUCCAAGAAACCAAAGAUGCCCUUGUGAAAGCAUCUGACCUGCCAUUGUCGAUCCUUAUUGUUGGAGUUGGAGGAGCUGAUUUCAAAGAAAUGGAGAUUUUAGAUGCAGAUAAGGGAGAGAGACUUGAAAGUUCCACUGGACGUGUUGCUUCACGUGAUAUAGUCCAGUUUGUUCCUUUCCGGGAUGUACAGGGUGGAGAGAUUUCUGUUGUUCAAGCACUUCUUGCCGAAUUACCUACGCAAUUUUUAACCUACAUGCGGACCAGGGAUAUCCAACCAAUUUCCUGAUAAUGUAAACUGUACAUAUGAAAUUUUUAAUCUAUAUAAGUCGGCUCAACUUCAUUUUGGCCACCAUGGUUUUCAGGAUGUUAGUAAGUUGCCUUUCUUUAUAUUAAUAGAAAGGAUAAUGUUAUA